AGUUAUCUUUUCUCAAGUGUUCACAAAAAUUGGUUUUACAUGCAAAUACAUACAUACAUCCAUACACUACAUAAAAUCCUUAUUGACCCAGUGGAUUGCCCCAGAGAAACCAACCAAAAUUUAAAGUUUACAAACGAACAGAGAAAAAAGUAUCCUUUUUUGUCUACUCACGCUGCUGGGAAGAAGGAGAAAGGAACCAGGAGCCGGAGGACGACAGCUCCACAAUGCACCGAAGGAGGAUGCACCUGUGCGUGGACAACGUGGUGAGUGACCUGUGUCUGGGACACUACGAGCAGGCGCUGAGGCGGAUCAACGAGGGUCUGGAUGGCUUACAAGACCACGAGGAGAUCAUGGCGCUACUAGAGCUAAAGAACAUCCUCGUGAGACUCAGACUGAAGGGCGAGGCCCAGCGGACCAUAGGCCCAACUCGCCAAUCGGACGCCCUGCCCCACGGAUUCACUCUCGCGAUGCUGGACGUGGUGCAGAAGGUACUGCAAUGCCGCAAUCACUACGAGGUGCUGCGCGUCUCUCACUAUGCCACCUACUCGGAGGUGAAGCGGGCCUACCACAAGCUGGCCCUGCGUCUCCAUCCGGACAAGAAUAAAUCCCCUGGGGCUGAGCAGGCCUUUCGCCGCAUCAGCGAGGCGGCAGACUGCCUCACGGACUGCCAAAAAAGAAUUGAGUACAACAUUGCAACGGCAGUGGGUGACCACUGCCACGACCAGGAUCGCUCAGAGUACAAGGAUUAUGGCGGGGAGAGCGAAAUCCAUGAGGAAGAUUAUGCCGAUCAGGGAACCGCUUUUCGACGGCCUUAUCAGUCGGCCAAUCAGCGGAUGCCCCAGCGACAGUCACUUUACCAAACAGAGCAACUCGUAAUCGGAGUGGUGGCUGCUCUGGUUUUCCUCUUCGUCACCAUGCACUACAUCACAGCCGCUCCUGCUUACAGUUUCACGCCAACCAGAACCCACAGCUUUCGUCGGCUCAGUCAGACGAGGCAUGUGGCCUACUACAUGAACCCGACGGAUCUGUCCAAGUACACAGAACAGCAGUUGGCCAAACUGGAAGCAGAAAUCGAGGAGGUUUACAUCUCGGACCUCACACAGAGGUGCAGGCAAGAGCGGACUUUGAGUGAGGACUAUAAAACUUUGUCCAGUUACCAGCACUUCAAAUUACAUCUGCUUCCAGGGGAUACACUGUUCCUUAGGGCGAGACAGGGAAACAACCAGAAGUUGCUCCAGCAUGUCGGCCACAUGCCCACUCCCGCCUGCCAGGCGUUACUCCAGCUGGGAAGGUCUAGUCACAACCCACUGCUGCUGGAGAAUGAGUCUGUGAAGGAGGUCUAGUCCACCACAGAUAGUCUUUAGUAUUUUAUAGACAGAUGUAAGGAUUAGUGCACCGUGUAAAUAAAGAGUAGCUUAUAAAAA